AUGUCAGGGAGCGUCGCAUCCCAAGCAGAAUACGCCGGGACAAGAAGCUCUAAAACGAAUAAGCAAGCAUCUCCAAAACAUCCAUGGCGCUUCUGGACAACUAUCAUUGCCCUCUCCCUUACUCGUCUUCUAUCGACUAUCGAAGGGAUCAUUAUCACGAGCGCGUUGCCCACGAUAACGGAAGCGCUUGGUGGAUCCGGUUCAUACAUUUGGGUUCCCAAUCCUUACUUCUUAGCCUCAUUGGCAAUCUUGCCACUAGUUUCUCAAGCCAGUGAUAUCUUUGGCCGCCGCCCACUUCUUCUUAUGGCUGUGGCCUUGUUCAUACUCGGCAGUGGCCUAUGUGGUGGCGCCUCGUCAAUGCGGAUGCUGGUUGCCGCACGUACUGUACAGGGUAUUGGAGGUGGGGCAAUAGCUCUUUUGAUCAAUACUGUCGUUACUGCUGCCGUCGGCCCAUUACUCGGUGGUCUUACCACGAAUCACUCGACGUGGCGCUGGGUUUUCUAUCUUAAUUUACCUAUUGGCGUAAGUAUCAACAGGUUACCCAUUUUCGCUGGCGUCCUCCCAUUCGCGAUUAUAGGAGGUAUACUCUUAUCCAAACUCGGCCGACAUAAGCCACUUCACUUCCUCGGCUUCAUUCCCUCGCUAUCUCUAUGGGUGUGCUUCCAGCUUCUCUUCUCAGUUGGUGCAGGCCUACUCGCUGGAAUCACCCUCCCAGCCAUGCAAGCCCCGUUAGACGAAAGCCUGGUCGCAGUAUCCACAGGUGUCUGGAGCUUUGCGCGGGGCUUUGGCAGUGUGUGGGGUGUCACGAUCCCAAGUGCCGUUUAUAACAACCAAUGUCGGAAGCAUGCAAGGAGCAUCACGAACCCAGCUAUAGGCCAUUAUCUGAUAAGAGGUCGUGCAUACCAAUAUUCCACAAACGCACUCUUAGCCAGCAUUCAGGACCCUGUUUCUCGGGAACAAGUUGUUCAAGUCUUUCAAAAGUCUCUUCGUACAGUGUGGCUCGUGGCAAUAGUCUUUGCCGGCUUAGGGUUGGUUGUAACGCUUGUUGAAAAGGAAGUCAAUCUCCGGGAUAAGCUUAAUACUAGGUUUGGGUUGGAUGAAAGGGAAAGUGAUGAAAUUCGCAACCCUAACAUGAACGACGACAUGGACGAUGACGCGGAGGACGACAAGGAUGAUAACACAGACAGCAGCGCCGAAGAUGAUGCGAAUCUAUCCCGCCGAAUGACCCUCCCCAUUCAUCCAGCUGCAAAAACGAAACAAAAUGCCAUCACUGAUCUCCAAGCCGAUGCUCCCCAUUCUCUCAAGGAGCACAUCGAGAAACUGUUAUCCUUAACCCUCGGUGAGACCAUCGAAGCCAUCUCCGAUCUCAUGUCCGGCCCUGCCAUCAAUGUUGUAUCAAAUGAAGAACGCCUUAUCACCCAUGACAAUCACGAGGGCACUGUUGACCUCGUCCGACUUUGUGAAGUGUACGAUAACUGCGCAAAGCGCUGGUUGGAAGAGCAUGCAGACCUCCAAGCACAUAUUCUGCAGGGCUCUUUCGACACGUUGGUCUUAUCCCUCUACAGAUUUGGCGAUCUAGCUCUGAAGGCAGGACUCACAACAUGGGAAGCAAUGGAACUUCCGGACGAUUGCAACCACUAA